UAGGUUGUCUAUCACCUGGUUGGAGCGUAAGGUCAUUGUCGAUAAUAAUAACAAAAAAUCGAAGUUCUUUUUUAGUUUUCACAGUAGUUUUAUUUUAUCUUGAAAUUCUACGGGCUUAUCAUUUCGUAAAGGGUUUACUUAUUUAACCUACAAUUAAAAUGAGCUUCCUUUUUGGAAGUCGUUCUUCGAAAACAUUCAAGCCAAAGAAGAAUAUUCCAGAAGGAACUCAUCAGUAUGAGUUAAUGAAGCAUGCUGCUGCGACUCUAGGAUCUGGUAACUUACGGUUAGCGGUUAUGCUUCCUGAUGGCGAAGAUCUGAACGAGUGGGUUGCAGUUAAUACUGUGGAUUUUUUUAAUCAAAUUAAUAUGCUGUAUGGUACCAUAACGGAAUUUUGUACGGAGGAUAGCUGUUCAAUAAUGUCAGCCGGUCCAAAAUACGAAUACCAUUGGGCUGAUGGCCACACCGUUAAGAAGCCAAUUAAAUGUUCUGCACCAAAGUAUAUCGAUUAUCUUAUGACGUGGGUCCAAGAUCAAUUAGAUGACGAAACUUUAUUUCCAUCAAAAAUAGGCGUUCCCUUUCCUAAGAAUUUUCUAUCAAUCGCAAAGACAAUAUUAAAGCGAUUAUUUAGGGUUUACGCACACAUUUACCAUCAACAUUUUAGCGAAGUCGUUCAACUAGGCGAAGAAGCACAUCUUAAUACAUCUUUUAAACAUUUUAUUUUCUUCGUACAGGAAUUUAGUCUAAUAGAAAGGAGAGAGUUAGCUCCAUUACAAGAAUUAAUAGAUAAGCUUACGGCCAAAGAAGCACGAUGAAUAAUUUUCUACUAAACUUCUUACUGCACAUUAUAUUUGCACAUCUACUAUGACUGCUAUCAUACUUUUGCAAUUUUUUUUGAAUGCAUAAGUUAUUCUUGUCCCCAAAAUGUUGUGCACAAUUAUUUAUAUUUGUUGUAGUAUCAAUUAAUAGCUACAUAUACGUUUGAUAUAUGUGAUGACUAUUUUUUGCUAAGUAGAAGCAAAUAGAAAACGUUUGCAGUAUUUUUUACACAUUUAAGUAUCUGCGUUUUUACAAUAGUACAGGCCUUCAAACAACAGGCAAAUCCAAUUCGUGUGAAGAUAAUUAUGGGAGCUUAUUAUCAUGUUAAGUGCAAUCGAAAUUAUUGGUAUUACCUGAUCGAACAAAAUUGAUUUGUGUUCCUACUUUUCCAAGUACUUAGAUUUAAACAAAAUAUAUUGUAGUAUUCUUACGAGUAUGUUAUUAAUUCCCCAGCGCUUUUUUAAUUGUAAACCUAUGUAUGCAUUUUCUCGCGUAUUUAAUCAUAGAAAUUAUUUAUUUUUAAUAAUGUAGUAGUUUAAUACUUGCGAGCUUUAAAAGUUCCAACGUUAAUAAGAAAUGGCAUUAUUUUUAGAUCGUUUACAUCAAAUCUAAUGAAUAAUAACUAACUGUGAAGACAUUUUCUUGUUCUUGACCAAAGUAGGUAAGAAUACCGUUGAGCUACGUCACUUUAUGUAUAUACUAAAUAUAUGAAUUAUACACUUUCUCAUUUUAUA